GCAUAGCGGCUAACCGACACGUCUCCGCCUGAGAGAGAAAGUGUGUGUGUGUGUGUGUGUGUGUGUGUGUAGGUAGGUAGAGGGGAGCGACUUCUCGUCACCUCCCCUCCUCUCUCUCUCUCUCUCUCUCUCUCUGUGUGUGUGAGAGAGAGUGUGUGUGUGUGUGUGUCAGCUCAGAGACUGAAGAUGGCGACCAGCUCGGAGCGCAGUCCCCCUCCGUUCCCGGACUCCGAGGACCAAGACAUGCCGGACCCCGAAGAACUGGGAGGCCGAGACAGCGACGAGGACGACGGGGAGGAUUUGUUCGCCACCCCGAGCGACCCGCAACUCACGCUGUCGGACACCUCGCCGGAGCCCGCCAGUGAGUCCAGCGACCUCUUAACCACGCCGCCCAGCGACACCACCGCCGAGCUGUUGAUCGAGCCCCUCAGCAGCCCAUCGACCGAAGUGGCCGCAGAGCCGUCGGACGAGUUCGUGGACCUGACAAACAACGUGGACGCGGCGGAUGAAAGCGCCGACGCUGCACCGGCAGCAGAAAUCCCUUUAGGCGAACCAUCGGAUGAUUUUGUGGACUUACUGGGAAGUGAAACCGAGGCCCAGAAAGAGGAAGUAGUAGUGGCGGCGGAUGUCACUGUAAAUGCAGUCAUCGAAGAAGCCAAGAGUGCAGUCUCCGGUGGCGAGAAGGGUUUGGAUGACCUGCUAGAGGCAAAGGAGAUGGCUCCUGCCUCCAUCAUCGACCUCGGCGGGGAUUUGCUUGCCAGCGACCCGCCGCUGCUGGACAUCAGUGAGAAAACUGCCGACCCCUUGGCUGACCUCCUCAGCGACGCUCCGCCCACUGCCGACGUCAAGGUGUCCAGCCCAGCGACGAUCGACCUGUUCGAAGACGAGGGCAGCGACCUCUUCUCGGAUCCCCUCAAGACCAAAUCGGCCAAGACGCCGCAGAAAAGCCUCUUCGACGACCCCGACGAGGAUCUGUUCGGCGAGCCGCUGGGCGCCUUUUCAAAGAAGACCGCCGCCGGUUCUACCACCACCACCACCAGCAGCAGCAUCAGCAGCAGCAGUGUGGUGAAGGAGGCGUCCGUCACCGCGCCAGCUGCUGCUGCCGCCGCCGCUGUCGCCCACUCCGGACCUCUGGGAGACCCGGAGCCCGCAGACAUCUUCUCCGAGGAAGCUGUAACCACGACGACCACCACCACCAAAACAACUACCGUCACCUCUAAGAGCAACGGGGUCCACUCCGAGGAGGACUCCGAUAUAUUUGCUGAAGCCACAGUGGAGCUUUCUCUGGACAGUCCACAGAGCGAGAGGAAGAAGGAGCCAGCGAGCACGCCGGCCGCCGCCACCACCACCGCUGCUGCUGCUGCUGCCGCCGCCGCCGCCGCUGCUGCUCCCUCGGCUGUGUCAUCAGCUUCCAGCCUGCCCAAGACUCAGUCUGCUGCCGUGCAGGAGUUGGAGGAAGAGGAGGAGGAGGAGGAGGAGGACGACAAGUUUGACGUCUUCGUCUCCGUUAAAGACCCGGAAAAAAUCGGUGAUGGUAUGAAUGCCUACAUGGCCUACAAAGUAACCACACAGACCACACUGCCCAUGUUCCGCAACAAGACGUUCACGGUGAGGCGGCGCUUCAGCGACUUCCUCGGCCUCUACGAGAAGCUGUCGGAAAAGCACGGACCAAACGGAUUCAUCGUGCCUCCUCCGCCGGAGAAAAGCAUUCUGGGGAUGACGAAGGUGAAGGUGGGGAAGGAGGACUCGUCGUCUGCAGACUUUGUGGAGCGAAGACGAGGCGCUCUGGAGAGGUAUCUGCAGAGGGUGGUGAGCCACCCGUCGCUCCUCCAGGACCCUGACGUCCGGGAGUUCCUGGAGAGAGAGGAGCUGCCCAGAGCUGUGAGCACCCAGGCCCUCAGCGGCGCCGGCUUCCUGAAAAUGAUCAACAAAGCCACGGACGCCGUCAGCAAGAUGACCAUCAAGAUGAACGAGUCGGACAUGUGGUUUGAGGAGAAGCUGCAGGAGGUGGAGUCUGCAGACCAGCACUUCAGGAAGCUGCACGCCCUGGUGGAAAACCUCGUCCUCCACAGAAAAGAGCUGUCAGUGAACACGGCCAGCUUCGCCAAAAGCGCGGCCAUGCUGGGCAGCGCCGAGGACAACACGGCGCUGUCCCGAGCCCUGUCGCAGCUGGCCGAGGUGGAGGACAAGAUGGAGCAGCUCCACCAGGACCAGGCGGCCAACGACACCUUCAACUUCGCCGAGCUGAUCGCCGAUUACAUUCGCUUACUGGGAGCUGUGAGGGGCUCGUUUGACCAGCGGAUGAAGGCGUGGCAGCGCUGGCAGGACGCUCAGGCCAUGCUGCAGAAGAAGAGGGAGACCGAGGCCAAGCUGCUGUGGGCCAACAAGCCGGACAAGCUGCAGCUGGCCAAAGAGGAGAUCGCUGAGUGGGAGGCCAAAGUGACGCAGUACGAGAGAGAUUUUGAUCGGGUUUCAGCGACCGUGAGGAAAGAAGUGAUCCGCUUCGAGAAAGAGAAGACCAAGAAUUUCAAACGGCAGAUAAUCAAGUACCUGGAGGCUCUGCUUCAGUCUCAGCAGCAGCUCAUAAAGUACUGGGAUGCUUUCUUACCAGAAGCAAAAGCAAUCGCCUAAUCCGGGAGCGCCGGCCUCCUGGACGACUCAUACAGGCUGCCUUCUUCUUAUACACUUUACCUCUUUUGCCUUUAAAACCAAGGAGAGAAAGACAAAAAAACCAGAAAAAAAAAGUGUGCGUUGUAAAGGGAGAUACAAUCAAGCCGUUUUUAAUCACAUUUAACAUAUAGCUCUGAAUUCUAUUGUAUUAAUUUUAUAUUUUCCUUUAACCUUCCACAAAUAUUUUCUUAUGGGAUGAAGAGAGUUAUAGAGAGACGGAAGCGGGGGGGGGGGGUUGGUUUCCCCCCCGGCGGGCGGCGGGUGGGUCUUUGUUUACAGUGCAGCCGAGAGCGACUCAAAGGGAUUACACUUUAGAUUUCUGAGCACUUCCACCAGCCCAGGUUUCUUCCUCUUCUUCUUCCUCUUCUUUCACAUUUAAACAAAAUCCUAUGUUGCUGAGGGGGGGACGGGGAGGCGGCGGGGCUAUGAGAGGCAUUAGUUUACCAAGGUUCAGGUUUUUUUUUUGGGAACGGGGGGAUGUUUUUGUGCAAACGUGGUGUGAGAGCUCGGGACAGUUUAGGAAACAGGUAACACUACAGCAGCCACACACACACACACAGACACAGGAAGUACCAGAGUUUGAUCUGCUGAAGCCCAUUUUCUGCAAACACACCGAGGUAAUGUCUUCUGAGGCUCCUUCAAGUUUAAAUCACCAAAAAAAACUAACAUCAGGAUGAAAACGGUCAACACUGGUCUGUUUACUUCAGAUACCAACAAGAUUCUGAUGAGGAUCAACCAGUGUUUGGCACUUUGAUGGAUCCAAUCAUGGAUGUUCUAAACCGAAAUCUAAAAGUGAUUUGCAAUAAAUUGGCAGCGGCGUGUUUUGAAACACUGAAACGGUUCCUCAAACUAAAAGUCUGUCGAGGUUCCAGUCGGUUGGACUCGAGAUUAACUGAAGUCGUAGUGAAACAAAACUCUGGCUUCACGCCUCAGCCUGCAUCUUCACAGAGGAGUCACAGCUUCACGCAGCACAGCUGCCCCUCCUUCAACCGCAGCUUUAAUCUCUCUCACACACAGACACACACACACGCUCUACACUGUGACUUCUGUUUAACUUGCAGACAUUUCUUUGCACUCGUUCUUCCUCCUUCCCUCACUUUGCGUGCUCGCUUGUGUUCAGCUGUCGUUUCCGUGUCAUGGGGUUAGAUCUUGUCUCCGGUGUAACGUCAUCACUCGUCAUCGUGCAGAGCAAUGUCCGCAACGUGCACUGUGUCAUAGAAAUCUUCUUUUGAAACAAAUCA